UUCAUAAUUUUUCGUAGUAGUUUAUUUCGGUUCGUACACCAUUCCUACGUGAUUUGCUGGGAAAAAUGAGCUUGGACGUGAAGAAAAUAUGUCGUCUCUGUUGCGAGAAAAAGAGCCGUAUGCGGCCCCUGUUCGAACAACGGCAAGAUUAUCCACUCUCCUUGCAGCAGAUAAUCUUCGAUCUUUCACGGCUUGAGGUCGAGCCCGAUGACGGAAUGCCUCAGAAGAUAUGCACAUGGUGUACCACCACACUGCUGAAAAUGCACAAAAGUAUCGAAAACUUCCGGGCAAACGACUUGAAGCUGAGACAGCAAUUAGUCGGAACGCUGCAGAUCGAGAUUAAACAGGAAGAGGAAGAGGUGGACGUGGAUAUGCUGGAGAAGGCAUUUACACAAGAACUGGAAGUUGGUGACAUCAGUGUUAAGCAGGAAGUUAUGGAGGAGGAAUAUCUUGACUCGGAACUUAAUGACGACAGUGGAGUUACUGAUCAAAUACAGGAUGCAGUAAGUGUUCCACCGAAACAGGACCUUGCGGAUACUGAAAACGAAGAAGAAACUGUCGCAGAUGAUGAUGACGACGAUGAGUGGAAACCGAUUGCGAAUGACACUGAUAUUGAAGAUAAGGAGCCCCCGGUGAAGAAAUAUCGUCGCAAAACAAAGCAACAGAAGAAUGCGAAUGAUAAACCGAAACUUGGUCGCCGGCGCAAGAAAGCUGAAGAUCCAAACCGCCCUCGAUUGCACGAUUACAAGUGCUACAUUUGCAAAAGUGAGUCUCAUGGAACGUCCGAGGCACUGAUUGCUCACCUAAACAGCAGCCACUCGGAGCUAGUGCCGUACACUUGUCCGGAUUGUGUGAUGGAGACAGUUGUUAUCAAAGGCGUUCAAGGGCUCAACGCUCAUAUGCGGCAGCAUUUGAAUCCGGAGAAAUGUCCAUAUUGCGACAAACGAUACACCAGCAAAAAUAAUGUCGCACUUCACGUGCAGAUGCAUCACUUGGACGGUGAUGUUCAGUGCCCGUCGACGUGCGAAUACUGUGGCGAAAUUUAUCCUUCCAAGGUUUCGCUUCUACAUCACAUGAAGCUUCACACCUCUGCUGUUAGCUGCGAGGUUUGUGGUAGAAUUUUCAAGGAACGGCACAAACUACGCUUGCACAUUCAACGCCGGCACGAAAAAAUAAAAAAAUACGAGUGCCACUUUUGUCAGAAAAAACUUGUAUCGCUAGAUAGUGUCCAGACUCACAUAAAAACGUAUCAUUCAAACCAGGUGUUCAAGUGCAGUUAUUGUUCGAAGACAUUUAGCUCAGAGCUAACGCAUCGGUACCACGAGAAGAAGCACAUAGAAAAUCCGAACUACGUAGCUUCAAAGGAAUGGAAAGAGUACUACACCGUUAUCGAGGGAGGAGAAGACAAUCCUAGUGCUAAAAUGAAGAAAUGCAACCUCUGUGGUGCAAUUUGCAAAGCAAUGGGAGUCCAUCUAUCAACGGUACAUUUUCCUACUGAUUUCCGUUGUAAAAUCUGCGACAUGAGUUUCAAGCGCAAGCAAAACUAUGAUAUCCAUGUAUUGGAACACGAAUAUGGCAAAGCACAUCAAUGUCCAAUCUGUGGCCGUGAGUUUUCCGACAGGAAAAACUUGUAUGCCCAUCUUCGGACGAAGAAACACCAAGAUCACCCACUGGCUAAGGCAGUGAUUGAAAAGUUGAAGCCAAAAAAGCCUAAGGAAGAAAGCUUCGAAGCCCUGGAACCGGCACAGAUCGAGGUUGAAGUUGGAACGGAUAAUUUCAUGUGACUUGUAU